UCUCAGUACCCAAGCAUCAGUUACAAUGCUGCCGAAUUGGCUAACGGAGGAAUAUAUCCAGAAAGCCCUUCGGUCCUUCUACAAGGACGAACAGCUUCGGGUCCUUAAACUCUGGGCCAAGCCAGCAACCGAAAAAGGCGAAAACUUUAUUGGCGUAAUGACUCGCAUCUACGUGGAAUUUGAGCCAAGAGAUGGAUCUGUGGAGAAGAAGUCUUACAUUCUAAAGCAAGCCGUUCCGUCGGACGCUCCCCAGGCUAGGAUCUUUGCAGAAUACGAUGUGUAUAACAGGGAACUGGAAAUGUAUGAUGUUGUCCUGCCCAAGAUGUCGCAGAUUCUAGAAGAGGCUGGCUUCACAGAUAAGUUGAUGGCAAAGGCCAUUAUCGUAGAUCACUCACGAACCAUUAUGAUCCUGGAGGAUCUGGCUCCGCUUCGCUACACGAAUGCGGACAGAGUGAAGCAGCUGGACCUGACUCACACCAAGCUCGUACUGGAUAUGCUGGCCAAGUUCCACGCCGCCGCCAUAAUCUUGAAUCAACGAGAGCCAGAUCUCCUGAGUCACAACUACGCGUCGCAUUUCUUUUCGAGGGAAAAAGAGGGUUACGAGGAGGUCUUCAUCGGCUUGUUCCGGGCUUUUAUCCGGUAUGUGAAGACCAAACCGAAUCUGAGCAGUCGCUAUGCCGCAAAGUUGGAGGACAUCGUCACCAAUUUAAUGGAUUAUGCUGGCCGCUCAGUGGAUGUCGAAGAGAAGGACCUGCAGACACUGGUCCACGGUGAUUGCUGGACCACCAACGUCAUGUACCAGUACGACGACGAGGGCAACCCCACCACUGUCCUGCCCAUCGAUUUUCAGUUCAGCACCUGGACAUCUCCGGCCGUGGACUUGCACUACUUCUUUAGUACUUCUCUGAAGACAGACGUCAAGGAGCUGGAAACGGAACUCGUCCAGUAUCAUUACUACGCUUUGAAGCGGACCUUGGAAGCUCUGAAUUUUAAGGGCGUGUUUCCCAGCCUGUUUGAGUACCAGCUUCAGUUUGAGAGGCGUCGAUUCCUCAGUGUUGUCAUAGCCAACACAUUCCAACCGAUAAUGGUGUACGAGGGCUGCGAGGACCCAGAGUUCGUUAAUCUGUACCAGGAUACACCUGAGGGUGUCAAGUUCCAGGACUCCAUGUAUGAAAACGAGGAAAUCCAGCGUAGAAUCGAUACCAUUUUACCCAUCCUUGAUGCCAAGGGUUUUUUAGAUGCCCAUUCAAUGCUGCCAAACUGGUUAACCGAGGAGUACCUGCAGCCUAGGCUAAGGACGUACUACAAUGACGAUCGGCUAAAGGUACUCAAAAUCUGGUCCAAGGCAGCGACUGGCAAGGGAGAAAACUUCGUCGGCAUCAUGACUCGCAUAUAUGUGAACUAUCAGCUGGGCGAUGGAUCGGUUCAGGAAAAAUCCUACAUCGUAAAGCAGGCUCUUCCGGAGGAUGUGCCGCAGGCCGAGGUUUUCUUCGAGUACGAACUCUACACCAGGGAGAUGGAUAUGUACGAGUUUGUCCUGCCCAAAAUGCAGAAACUGCUGCAUGAAGCUGGAAUAAGUGGAAGACUAACUGCUGACGCCAUUACUGUGGAUCGGGAGCACAGCACCAUGAUAUUGGAGGACCUGGCGCCCCUUAAGUACGUCAACGCGGAUCGAGUCAAGCUGUUGGAUCUGCCUCACACCAAGCUGACUUUGGAAAUGUUGGCAAAGUUCCAUGCCGCAGGCGCGGUUCUAAAGCAGCGCCAUCCAGAACUCCUAACCAAGUGCUUCUACACGCACUUUUUCUCGCGGGACAAAAAGGGCUACACGGAGGUCUAUACAGGUAUGUUUCGGGCUUUUUUAAGGUUCGUAAAUGGUCAGCCGAAUUUAAAAAAGAGCUACGGCGACAAGCUGGCGAAAUUAAGCAGCCACAUUAUGGAGUAUGGAGCUCGCGUCUUUGACGUGGAAGAAAAUGAAUUACAGACGCUGAUCCAUGGAGAUUGCUGGACCACCAACGUCAUGUUCCAUUAUGACGCAGAGGGAUCUCCCCAGUCAGUUGUUGCCAUAGACUUUCAGCUAGGCAGCUGCACUUCGCCGGCCGUAGACUUGCAUUACUUCUUGACCACUUCGCUGAGGGAGGAGUUUAAGGAUCGGGAAUCCGAGCUCGUGGUGUACCAUUACAAUGCUCUGAAGAGAAAUCUUGAGAAGUUAUCCUACACGGGAUUGAUACCCAGCCUUCAGGAGUACCAGGUUCAGUUUGAACGCCGUCGUUUUAUGAGUCUCCUUGCGAAUCUCUUCAAGCCCAUCAUGAUUUACAAUGGCAGUGAGGAAACCUCGGACUUCUCAAGCCUUUACAAGGAAACUCCAGAGGGCAUUCGGUACCAAAACGCGGUCUACGAUAGUGACGUUGUUCUCAGAAAUACCACAAAUUUGUUAGCUCUACUCGAUUCCAAGAAGCUUUUAGAUAUUCAAAAGUAGAUCAAUUCCCUAAUUAAGUAAUUAUUAGUACAAGAAAAAUUAAUUGUUUUUACAUAUUACUUAAAAUACAAAUGCUGUGUUUUGAAAACAAACUUAGAUACUAUUUCCUUAAGUAUUGAAGGUUGCCUGAUUGCAAACAAUAAAGAUUAUUUCCUAGA